UCCGCCUUCGACUCCAGCUUCGCAGCCAGUGCGACGAACCUCAGCUCUCAAGAGUGUCUCCAGUUGUAUAGAUUCGCAUCUGCUCAUCAUCUCUACCUUCAUCUUCUGGUCAAUCUCGUAACAACAUCAUGAAGUCCUCUAUCUUCGUCGCUCUGGCCUCAGUUGCUCUCGUUUCCGCCGCCCCGGCACCACUCGUCGCCCGCGCGCCUCCCAACGUUCCCACCACCGCCGCCGCCAAAACUCAGCUCGCCGGUCUUACUGUUGCCGCCCAGGGCCCUCAAACUGGCUACUCUCGCGACCUGUUCCCGCACUGGAUCAAUCAAUCUGGGACUUGUAAUACGCGCGAAACUGUUCUCAAGCGUGAUGGCACAGGUGUUGUUACUAACGCUGCGUGCGCGGCCACUAGCGGAACGUGGAACAGCCCCUAUGACGGAGCUACGUGGACUGCUGCGAGUGACGUGGAUAUCGAUCAUAUGGUGCCGUUGAGCAAUGCCUGGAAGUCUGGAGCAGCUAGCUGGACAACCGCUCGUCGGCAAGCCUUUGCGAAUGAUCUGACGAACCCGCAGCUCCUUGCUGUAACCGACAACGUCAACCAGGCCAAAGGCGAUAAGGGACCUGAAGACUGGAAGCCUCCACUAUCAAGCUACUACUGCACAUAUGCGAAGAUGUGGGUAAAAGUAAAGGGCGUGUAUAGCUUGACGAUUACAAGUGCGGAGAAGGCGGCUUUGACGAGCAUGUUGAACACAUGCUGAGAGCAUCAUUUGGUUAUAGGACUGAUGGAAGUUUAACAAUGGGGAAAUAACAUAUAUGACUAGUUUAGGAAGAGUGUAGUAACGGAUAGAGGAUAUACUCUCUGCGUUCUACAUUAGGCUUGGGCUUGUAGGGUCGACUCCAAAUUAUCCCAAAGAACUUGAAAAACAUGUAGAAGUAUUUGGUUUUCCUCCUUGGUUGAAUAUUGCCAUCGUCUGCGCAUCCUACAGAGCUUUUCUUACAUCCUAGCGUCCUAUGUUUGACGUCGUGCCCCCUGAUAA